AUGUCGCCGACCGCAACCACUGAGACCCACGAGCACAUCCCGACCGUCCUCAACCCCCACGAGCUCUCCCGCUCCUCCUCGCCCCAGCAGUCCAACCUCAGUUUGCUAGUGUCCAACGGCCAUGCCGCCCUCCGAUCGCCACCAGCCGGUGUAGCACAGAGCCCACCGGCCUCGCAUGCACAUCCGCCACCGCACUCGGAACCAGCGGUUUCAAUCCAGUCCAUCCUUUCCAACGCGCCCCCGUCGGCGCCUACAACCAACGGGCACCAGUCCUCCUGGAACGGGACAAACGCGUCUUCACGCGACCCCUCCAAUGCCGUCGCAGGACCCUCAACAGGGGCUUCUCCUGAGCAGCCUGCCUCCCGCAAGCGCAAGCUCGAUCCUGCGGAAGCAGUCGACCCUCACAGCAAGAUUCGACGCGUCGUGCGCGACCACAUCACCCAGGAUCCUGCGCGCGUUAUGCCCAUGACGACCGUCAUAUGUCUCCAUGCCGCGGUCGCGCAGAAGUCGUACGGUAGCGAGAAGCGCUUCCUCUGCCCCCCUCCGGUCGUGCACAUCGAGGGCCCUGUCUGGCAGAUGAAGCAGCAGAGCCUGUCUAUGGCGGUCGUGAACGAGGGCGGGGAGCGCACCUGCGAGCUCAAGGCCCCUAUGGACCACAACUUGACGGCGAGUUUCAAGUUCCUCCACGUGACGGGUUCCGCGAAGAGCAAGAACUUCCUCCUGUCGCUCGAUAUCGCGGAGCCAGCCGCAGAUGGGAGCGACGCGAACGAGCGCAUAUGGGCGUCGUUUGAUUCCGCACCCGUGACCAUCAUCUCGAAGCCGUCGAAGAAGACGGCGAAGACGCGCAACAUCUCAUCAUGCAUCCUAGCGGGCGGGCCAGUGUCGCUGUUCAAUCGGAUCAACUCGCAGACUGUGCGCACCAAAUACAUGACCAUUGAACAGAACCAGCUAUGUGCCAGCAAUGUGGCGUGGUCGGCGUUCGCGGUGAACGUUGUGCGCCCGCAAGGCGCGGAGGCACCACUCGGCGGGCCGCAGCCGGUGACGUACGGGAGCGAGAUUGUCCUUGCGGAUACUGUGACGGGCGUGCAGACCGCGCCGCUGAUCAUCCGGAAAGUGGACAAGGGCCGAAUUGUCAACGAUGAUGGUGGCCCCGUCAGUCAAAUGCAGAAGAUUGCGUUGCAGCGCCUCAACUCGGACGGGACAAGACAUUAUCUCUCCGCGGCUGGUCCAAUAGCUGGGACGCCCGGUGUCUCCGCGCCUUCAGCACCGGGACUGUCCAACCAGGCGGGCACUCACCCGCUACUGUUCCAGAGUCCCCGGGUGCGAGAAGAGGUGAAGGACGGUGCGCGGGUCAUCACCGACGAGGUGGAUGAUUACCUGUGCUGGACGAUCGUGGGCAUAUCCAAAUUCCAGUACACGUUCUUCGAUGCCUUCGGCUUGAACAACAACGUCCCGGAGCUCCCCAUCACACCUUUCCCCACGCUUUUCAACACUCCGGUCUACCGAUCUCAAUCAAACACGCUGGAGAUGACUGCGGCGAACUUCUUCUACGAGCAUCCGAAGACUCGGCAUCAAGUACCUCUUGAUGUCUACAUCGGGAACAUUGGCCCGUUGAGGUUGCGUCUGUACAACCAUGCGGCCACAAAUCAGGACAACCCCUUCAAUCCCCGCCAGACUUUCCUUCCUGUACCAAACAACCCUGAUAAACCCGACGACCUCAUGGUCGCUAUGAAUACAGAGGAGGACCGCAGGUACAACUCACUCGCAGCUGCGCUCAAUCGCAACAUACACGCCCUCAUUGUCGUCGAGAUGCCGCCUGUGGCAGACAUCAUCAAGGCGCUACGGGAAGACGCAGUGCCGCCCCCGGGCGAGGCUGCUGCCGACAGCUCGCAGUCUGAUCCCUCUGGUCAGCGUACGGGCGACCUAGUACGCGACAUCGCCGGGCGCAGCCUCCCUCUGCUCUUUAUCCGCUCGUACGACGGCGUAGGCUACCACUCCGGGCGCGUCGUCGCGGCGGACAACGUCCUGCAUGCCAUGGACCUCUCUAACCCGGUGCGGCCGACCGGGGAGCACGGGGACUGGCUCGCUGCCGCGCAGGCGGCGGCGCGGCUGUCCGACGAGACCAUGCACGGGUGGAACCUCAAGGUGCUCUAGGCGACAAAACUGUGGCGGCGGCUAUGGACUGUCUGUGCGCUCGGAAGGGUAUACGGGCACGCACUGUACUGUAUAAUAUGUUGAUCCGCGUUGGUUUGUGUUAUUCGUAUUGCUUUGAUCCUUGCAUGUUACUAGUUGCGGAACGCUGUGCGGCUGAUUUGGUUUGAAUGUACUGAUGCGGACGACUAUAUAUUCGCUAUUUC